GGCAUGCCUGUGAGCAUGUUCAGCAUCGACAACAUCCUGGCGGCCAGACCUCGCUGCAAGGACUCGGUGCUGCUGCCCCCGAGCGCCGCCGCUCCCGUCGUCUUCCCCAGCCUCCACGGGGACCCUCUCUACGGCAGCGCCUCCGACUACGGCGGAUUUUACUCGCGGGCGGUGGCGCCCGCCUCCGCGCUGCCGCCGGCCGUCAGCGGCUCCCGGCUCGGCUACAACAACUACUACUACGGGCAGCUGCAUGUGCCGGCGUCCCCCGUGGGCCCUUCGUGCUGCGGGGCCGUGCCGCCCCUGGGCGCCCAGCAGUGCUCCUGCGUCCCCGCCGCAGGUUACGAGGGCACUGGGUCAGUCCUGAUGUCCCCUGUUCCCCAUCAGAUGUUGCCCUACAUGAACGUGGGCACUUUGUCCCGGACGGAGCUGCAGUUACUGAACCAGCUGCACUGCAGGCGAAAAAGACGGCAUCGGACUAUCUUCACUGACGAGCAGCUGGAAGCGUUGGAAAACCUCUUCCAGGAAACGAAAUACCCAGACGUGGGCACCAGGGAACAGCUGGCCAGAAGGGUGCACUUAAGAGAGGAAAAAGUGGAGGUUUGGUUCAAAAACCGCCGGGCAAAGUGGAGGAGGCAGAAGAGAUCGUCUUCGGAGGAGUCGGAAAACGCGCAAAAAUGGAAUAAAGCAUCUAAAACGUCUCCGGAGAAGAGACAAGAGGAAGGGAAAAGUGACUUGGACUCCGAUAGCUGAUAACUCGCAGGGUGGACGCUUUCCGUGGACUGUCGGAUACGCUCCAGAGGAUGCUAUCUUGCACAAACUCUGCCUUGUCGGAAGGGGAAAAUAUCUGUAUAUAAUGUAUCAUACCCCGAGUUGAUCGCGUGUAAAUAAAAUGUGUUGCGGAGGUGUUUGCACAGGGAGACGGCGGCGCGUUUGUUCCUCCCUGCGCCGCGAGGAGAGGGGACAGGAGGGCGGCGGUGCCGCUUUCCCCGGGAAUCAGGGGCGGUUUGCCCGGCCCAGUUACUUAUUUAACGAGGUUUCGAAUAGUUUGAGAGCAGGCGGAGGGCCGAGAAGCCGGUCCCGUCCCCGGGGCAGCCCCGCUGGAGCUCGCUCCUCCUCCCGGAGCUCCUCGCCACGACACCCACUUAUUUCCUUUUAUCAGUCCCCAGGUCCAAGAGCUUAGUCGGGGAGUCCCCGCUCCUCUUCUCCUCCCGUCCCGCCGGUCCAGCAGAGCUGGAAGCGAUGCCCUUAGGAAAUAUUUGCAGGCAAAGCAAACCCGGCCUCACAAUUGUUGUUCUGCCUUGUUUCCCUGCGCUUUUCUCUCCCGGUCUCUGCAGUUAUGCCUUGUCGAGUUUCCAAAGAGUUUGUCUUUGAUCCCCGCUUAGAAAAGCUAGCUUGCUCCAUAGGUGUUCGAAAGUGCUAUUAGUAAAUUUCAGCCAUUAUCGGUUAAAUUAGGCGUAAGUGGAGCCCGAGCCCUCACUGUGCUGCUCCUGAGGAUAAUUCAGAGGACGUUGCUAAUAGAUGUUUUCUCCUUUUUGAGGCAGCACCUUUGCAAUUAGGAAGGCUGUGAUAGCCUGGUCUCCCUUUGCUCUCCCAUCUGUGAGGGCCUUCUAAAAGAGAUGUUUGUUCUCCCACUAAAAUUCACUUUCAUUUUCCUCACAUUUUUUUUUUUCCUAUGACUUCUCAGCUCUUGGUGCUCCUCUGUUCACCACUGUUGUUUCCCCAUGUCAUCUCAGUUAGAAAACCCUUUCCUUCUCCUUGUAAAUUUUAAACAAAUGACCUGAAGAUGUAAAGGCAAUGACAAUAACAUCGGGCUGGAAAUCUUUGUGCCUUUUAUUCAGAAGUUAAGUGGUAGCGAGUUGAUUUUCCAGAAGUGUGGCUAAUGUCUAAACUCACCUACACGUAUGCAGCUCAGCUAGCUUAGACAAGAAAUCGGUUGAUACAAACGUGCUCACCAUUGCUUCCAGAGACACUAGAAAGGGUCAGCUGCUGUAUUGCUUGUCCUUGUGCUUUUUCCUCCCUUUCCUGAUAUAUCCAGCCCCAUAUGGCUUGUAGAGCGUGUUGUGUAUUGCAGGUGUUAGUGCAAUAAGGCCAGUCUCGGUACUUGACUGCUCGGAUAACACUUCCUAACAAACCCAUGUUUUCUUGUAGGUGGAAUCUCUCCCUGAGCAACCUCUCUCCCUGUACCAAGACAGGAAUAGCUGUUGUGGAAGAAAUUGUGUUUUUUUUUAGGAGCGGGUCCUUUAGGGGGCUUACAGUUUCAUAGCUACCGCUUGCCUGAAGAGAAGAAGAAAUUUAUCCUCUUGCUCCUUAGCGCAGCAGAGGAGGAAUGGGGAAAGCAAAUGGAUUCUUCUUCUUCUAGGAUAUGUAUCACAGUUUGGCUCCACUGAGGUAUUGUGUCCUGGAGAUGCUACCGUAUUGCUACAGAUGUGUAUCUGAUCUCUGUAAAAUGUAUUGAAUUACAACCCAGCGGCACUGAAAGCUAGUUUUCACAUUACUGAAAAUUAGUUUUCAAAAGAAGUGUUUUGUUAUGUUAUAUGCAGAAAGUCUCAUUGACUGGAAUUUUAAUGUCAUCUCCUCUGUAUUUAGUCAUUGUUAGGUUUUAAAGUGCAUACUUUAUUUGCAAAUAAAAGCCAGGUCUAAGGAUAAUAUUGGCCAGGAUUUUGCAAAUGCUUAUAUAUUUUCUUUACUUCCCAUGUAUAAAUAUCCUUAGUGCCACAUUGGGAUCUUGGUAGGGUUUCAUUUUGUUUUGGUUUGCAUUUUUGUGUGUGGAGUGGUAAUUUUGGAAGUCACUGUUAAAGAUUUUAGCCAGCACAGUUCAAUGUGGGAGUUAAACUGGAUCUGGGUUUGUAAGGGUUGGGCUUUAAAUAUGUUUUUCAUAACCACCGCUAGUUACUUAAGGUUCUAGUCCACAUCUUUAGAGAUUUUUAGUCUUCCAGUGGGAGAAAGUGCUUGAGAACCACAGAAGCUCCAGGUCACCAAAUGGGGCAAUUUCUGGAUUUAUUUUAAACUUUUUGUUCUGUGUGAGCGUGGAAUGUGACAGAAGAAUCAAAACCUUGUGUUCUGAAAUGUGCUUUCUAUGCAUGGGAUUGUGAUGAGGUCACCUCUGAUUGCUUCGAAAUUGCAUUGUACCUUAGUCUGGGUCAAUUUUUUAGCUGACUAUAAAUUACCAUAAGCUUGAUCUUGGAGUGAGUGGUAUCUGUUCUUAACAUAUUGAAGUGGAUCUAUUAGAGUUAAUGAUAUCACUUUAAAGUCCAAUUGAAAACCAGUUUUAAUCUUGACCUAAAAGGUUUAGCUUACUUA